AUGCGACCGUGCCCUUCUGGUCUUCAGUGGAAUGUUAACAUUUGCGAAUGGCCGAAUAAUGUUAAAAAUGUUAAUGGAUCAGAACCUACAAAAUGGCCUGUAGUCCAUGGUCCUUUUCCCACUUAUACAAUCGCGGAGCCCACAACAAUCAACACGGCUUUGAGCCUUCAGAACAAUAAAUUUUCAUCACGUCCGAAGCCGACGAUAGCCCUCAAUUUCGGCAGUAGCGAGACAUAUAAAGUGGUGUGUUACUUUACCAACUGGGCGUGGUACCGACCGGGUCAUGGCAAAUAUGUCCCCGAGGAUAUAGACGCUAGCCUGUGCACCCACGUCAUUUAUGCCUUUGCGGUACUCGAUAACAGCUCAUUGACUAUUAAGACUCACGAUACCUGGGCAGAUAUUGACAAUAAGUUUUACAAACGCGUUGUUGAAUACAAAAAAAAAGGUCUUCGCGUCUCUGUAGCAAUCGGUGGAUGGAAUGACUCGCUAGAUAGCAAGUACGCUCGAUUGGUGCUAGACCCACAGGCCCGAGCGCGCUUUAUAACAAGUGUGCUAAGAUUUCUAGAGAAGUACGGGUUCGAUGGACUGGAUCUAGACUGGGAAUACCCUGUGUGCUGGCAGGUCGACUGCGCCAAAGGUGAUCCUGCAGAAAAGCACGGUUUUUCUGCUCUAGUAAGAGAACUUUCGCACGCGUUUAAGCCAAAUGGCCUGCUUCUUUCAGCAGCAGUCUCACCCAGUAAAAUGGUUAUUGACAUCGGAUACCAAGUGCACGAGUUGACUCAAUACUUCGACUGGAUUGCCAUAAUGUCGUACGACUUCCACGGCCACUGGGACAAUAAGACGGGUCACGUGGCUCCGCUCUUCUACGUUGAGGGUGAUACCAAUCCAAGCUUCAACGGAAACUUUAGCAUACACUACUGGCUGGAUCGGGGGACUCCCCCGGAAAAGCUGAUAAUGGGAAUGCCAAUGUACGGCCAGUCAUAUACGCUUGCUGACCAAAAGCACAAGUCGUUAAACGAUAAAUCACUAGGUCCGGGUAAGGCAGGAACCUAUACUCGCUCUGGAGGGUUUUUGGCUUACUAUGAGAUUUGCGAAAUGGUCGGCAAUAGUGAAUGGAGUGUGAUAAGAGACGACGAAGGCCGCAUCGGACCCUAUGCAUACAGUGGCAAUCAAUGGAUCUCAUAUGAUGAUGUAGCGGACAUUCGGCGAAAAGCAAAACUAAUUAGCAGCCUGCGACUAGGUGGCGGCAUGAUAUGGGCUCUUGAUCUAGACGAUUUUAGUGGUCGCUGUGGUUGCGGCAAGCAUCCAUUACUUCGGGCUCUUAACCAGGAGCUGCGAGGAAUCCCGGGAGAAGAAGUAAAGAAUUGCACUUGAUAUAAUAUGAUAUAUAUAGUAAAGUGUUUCUUAUUUUAUAUGAGUCGAACAAAUGCCCUGUCGGUUGACUAAGGACAACGCUAAGAAAAUUAAAAAAGCCAAGAUUUAAAUGCACGUCUUUAUUUGAUUGAUCUCAGCUUAAGACUAAUUUCUUGCUACAAAAAUCUUUCCUGUUCUGCCCUUUGCUUGUAAAAGUUUGGGAGCAAUUGGGAUAUGAUUAUAUACAAUAAUUUCAGAGGAAGAGUGCGGAUAUUGAUUGUAGAUAAGUUUGAGAGUAAGAGUGCCACUUAGACCUCGGCACUUAGUUAUUUCAAGAAUUGUUUAGUCUGCUUGCCACAGGUCAUUUAUUCCUUUCGUAAUGACUCGUCUUCGUUAAAAAUGUUUGCGAGACGGUCCAUGCAACUCAUGGACUCAUCCAUGCAAAUCAUAUUCUUCUAAUAGUGGUAAAGGCUACACCUUCUAUUUCAAUUGUUGUCUUUUUUGGUAUCGCUGUCGGUUUUGUUACAUACUUAAAAAUAUAAUCCUGAAUAACUUUUAUCUUUUCAAGAACUUUCUCAAAUAUUUGAUCAGUACUUUCUGCUUUCUUGUUAUAGACUUAUAUUUUAUUUUCAAGAUUUGAAAUUUUUGCCAGUCGAGGAUUAAUACUUUCAUUUACAAGUUUUCUUAGUUCUUCGCCCAACUACCUGACACACUCAUCUGUAGAUUGCUUUGUGGUCAAGUCGUUGUCAUCUAAGGGUUUAAUGGCGUUUUGACUCUCUUAUUUUGAGCGGUUAGAUUACCAUCAGUAUCACUUAAAAAGUUUCAAUUGACUUAGCACCUCUUUUUAAAUGAUUUGAUCGCUCCCUAUCAUUAGAAAAAUGUUCACUUGUCAACAAACAUGAUGAUAAUAAAUAAAAAUCUUUUUGUGUUUAAUAUA